AACUGUGUACCGAUGUGACAUUUCAUGGAGAAUGGGGGUGAGCAGUCAGCAAAGAGAGGACUAUUUGCAAAGGUGUUAUCCCAGAGGGGGACUCAGGAGGUGGAUCCUAGGCAGUGACAUCACUUUGCUCACAAUAGGCCCCAGGAAAGCUUGGAACUCCUGUAACCUGGCACCCAUGUUCUAGGAAGGUCCCAUACCAGGCUCACUUGCCUCCAGACACAGAGACUUUAGGAUGUUCUCUUGUUGUUUUCCCAGGUACCGGGGCUCUGGAUGCCAGAAGCCCCAGUGCGCAGGAUUACUCAGAUGUUGGAGAGGUUUCCUUAACCCACGCUGGCGAUGCCUCAGGAUGUUUUCCAGCAGGUCACAUAAGCCUGCUGGGCACUGUCUUGACAGAGCCACAUGCCACAGAUGGAGGAGAAGCUGAAUGAGAGCCCCUGCUCUACUUCCCUGAAGGAAAGGAGGAAGCCCCAUGCCAUCAGCACGAAGCCGCGCUGGCUCAGGGGUACAAAGGUCACACGCGGGGAUGAUAAUGAGAACUGUGUGCUGUGGACCAUCGAUGCAGCCCUGCUGAAGCAGCGAGUGGAACACCUCGUGCCCGCCUUCCUGGGGAGAGACCCCACAUAUGUCUCCACCUUCUUGGGCACGUACACAACCUUUACUACCACCCAAAAGGUCUUGGAAGUGUUGUUUAUGAGAUACGGAUGCUUCCAUUCGGAGGCUGAGGAGGAUGGCGGACCCCGGGAGCAGGAGAAACUGGCCAUCUCCUCCAUCCUGGGCACCUGGCUGGAUCACUACCCCGAGGACUUUUUCCAGCCUCCAGAUUUCACAAGCUUGAAGUUGCUGCAGGCAUAUGUAGGAGUCCACAUGCCGGGCUCCGAGCUGCAGCGCCGCGCCCGCCUUCUCUACUCAUGGCGGAAACACCGUGAGCCCAAUGAGCCAGAGUCUCUGGCCAUGGCACCAGCUCCAGAGCCACGUUCAGACGUCCCUCAGGAGCGAUCCCCCGCUAUCUCUGUGGUGCCCACUGCAGCCUCGCAGCCCAGGCUGCCUGAAGCCACUAGUUCUCCUGGAGCUCAGCGCGUACGAGAAUCGGAGACCCUCACUGCAGUGUCCCCACCAGGGCAGGAGGUACUCCCAGCUCUGGCUGACAGUCAGGAGCUGGAAGAGCCACCUGCCCCUUUGGUGGCCCCAGAGCAUGAGCAGCCCCCAGCCCCAGCCGGUGGGGUCACGGAAGGGCUGGAGGAACCACCUGCUACAGCUGAGCAACCAGCCUCUGCUCCCCAACAGCGGCUCAUGUCCGCUGCAGCCCCAAAGGAUGAAUUCCCUGACCUUUUCAUUGCGUUCUUUGUCAUUUCUGUAGUUCUUAUAGAGGUAUUUACUGUCCUUAUAUAUUAGUGUUUUAUAAAUAAAAGAUAAACUAAGUUCCAAA